UUGUCCAUCAUUCAGGAUGAGUUUAGAACCGGAAAGAUUAAUUUAGACAAGACAUUGAAAUUACUUAUUAAGCUAAACAUCCCUUUUGAUUACGUUCAUGUAAAAUAUGUUUUUAAGAAAACAAGUAAUCAGCCGAAGACUGGAACUAUUACUAUAGAAGAAUUCAGGGCAAUUUAUCGAACCCUUGCACACAGAAGUGAAAUACAUGAACUUUUCUGCAGUUAUUCUCCGAACCGCAAAAUUCUACCUGAAAUAAACCUGAUUGAGUUUCUCAGAAAAGAACAAUUUGUAAUUGAUGCUGCUGAAGCAAUUGCCUCUGAACUUAUUGCAAAGUAUGAACCCAUUGAAGAAGUGCAGAGAAAAAAACAGAUGUCGUUUGAAGGAUUUUUAAGAUACAUGAACUCAAAAGACUGUUUGAUAUAUAAAAGAGAACACACAAUUGUUUACCAAAAUAUGAGCCACCCAUUACGUGAUUAUUUUAUUUCGUCUUCCCAUAACACCUACCUCAUAUCUGACCAACUAAUAGGGCCAAGUCACCUUUGGGGUUAUUCAAGUGCUCUGAUGAAAGGAUGUCGUUGUUUGGAAAUUGAUUGCUGGGAUGGACCACAAAAUGACCCUAUUGUGUAUCAUGGUCACACUUUAACAAGCAAAAUUACAUUUAGAACUGUCAUCGAGGUGAUAGAUAAGUAUGCAUUUGUGGUAUCUGACUAUCCUCUCGUACUGUCUUUGGAGAAUCACUGCAGCCCUAAACAACAGGAAGUAAUGGCAGACUAUUUAGAAACUAUUCUAGGUGACAAACUUCUUACUACAAUAAUUGGUGAUACAUUUCCUACAGAUCUACCUUCCCCUGAGGCAUUAAAAUUCAAAAUAUUGGUAAAAAAUAAGAAAGUUGGAACACUUGAAGAAACUGUUCUCAGGAGAGGUCUUGAUAGCCAUGGUGAGAUAGGGGAAUUUGUAGAAGAGGUAGAGCAAUCUGAAGAUGAUGAAGCUGAUGAAAGCACUCCCGUGCUACCAAAAUCUCCUGUGCUAAAAAGAAGAAAUGCAGUUAAGAGAUCUCCACCACCCCCUCGAAAAAAGCGAAAGGUAAAAAAGGUAAAACUGGCCAUGGAGCUCUCAGAACUUGUGAUUUAUACCAAAGCUGAAAAGUUUAAAAGUUUUGAGCAUUCAAGAGCUAAUCAGAAGUUCUAUGAAAUGAAUUCAAUUGGAGAGACUAAAGCACGAAAACUUGCCAAACAGACAGCUAAUGAAUUUGUUUUGCAUACUGCCAAAUUUAUUACAAGAAUUUAUCCCAAAGGGACUAGAGCAACCUCUUCUAAUUAUAAUCCUCAAGAAUUCUGGAAUGUAGGAUGCCAGAUGGUGGCCUUAAAUUUCCAGACACCUGGACUACAAAUGGAGCUGCAAAAUGGAAAAUUUAUGGACAACGGUUGUUGUGGCUAUCUUCUAAAACCAGAAUUCAUGAGAGGUUCUACUACGCAGUUUAAUCCAUAUAAUGUAACAGGAAGCCAUAAUCCAGUAACUCUUUCAAUAAGGCUGAUUAGUGGUUAUCAGUUACCACCUAGUAACCUCUCCAGGACUAAUAAAGCUGAUCCUUUAGUCCAGAUAGAAAUUCAUGGUGUGCCAGAAGAUCAAGUGAAACAACAGACUUGUGUCAUAAAAAGCAAUGCUUUGUGCCCUAGGUGGAAUGAAACGUUUACUUUUAAUAUUCAAGUUCCAGAACUGGCAUUAGUGCGCUUCUCUGUGGAAGAUCAGAUAUCGCUAGCAGCAAAUGAGUUCCUGGGCCAAUACACUUUACCACUGCUGUGCAUGAAUAAAGGUUAUCGUCAUGUUCCUCUGUUUUCCAAACUUGGUGACAGACUUGAUCCUGCAUCACUCUUUGUGUAUAUUUGGUACUAUUAA